AUCUUCCAACUAUUGGCUCAACCGCAUCCAGUCCUUUCUCUACUGCAAUGAAAAUGGCCUCCUGGGAAGCUUUUCUGAAGAUACUCACACAUGCACCUGCCCUAAUGACCAGGUUGCCUGCCAUGGGUUCCUUCCCUGCACAGUUGGAGAUGGCUCUGCAUGCUUGAGCUGUGCUCCUGACAAUCGCACCCGCUGUGGGACCUGCAAUGCAGGCUACAUGCUGAGCCAAGGGCUUUGCAAGCCUGAAGUGGCAGAAUCAACAGAGCACUACAUUGGGUUCGAGACUGACCUUCAGGACCUGGAAAUGAAGUAUUUAUUGCAGAAGACAGACCGGAGAAUUGAAGUCCAUGCCAUUUUCAUCAGCAAUGAUAUGCGCCUCAACAGCUGGUUUGAUCCUUCUUGGCGCAAACGGAUGCUCCUCACUCUUAAGAGUAACAAGUACAAGUCUAGUCUGGUCCAUAUGAUACUGGGCCUCUCUCUUCAAAUUUGCCUAACUAAAAACAGCACCUUAGAGCCCGUUCUUGCUGUUUAUGUCAAUCCUUUUGGGGGCAGCCACUCUGAGAGCUGGUUUAUGCCUGUGAAUGAAAAUAACUUCCCAGACUGGGAGAGGACUAAACUGGACUUACCCCUUCAGUGUUAUAACUGGACGCUGACUCUGGGCAACAAGUGGAAGACAUUUUUUGAAACUGUACACAUCUAUUUGAGGAGUCGAAUAAAGUCAAACGGUCCAAAUGGCAAUGAGAGCAUCUACUAUGAACCGCUGGAAUUUAUUGAUCCCUCAAGAAAUCUGGGCUACAUGAAAAUCAAUAACAUCCAAGUGUUUGGCUACAGCAUGCACUUUGACCCUGAAGCAAUUCGAGACUUGAUUUUGCAGCUGGACUACCCCUAUACUCAGGGAUCACAGGACUCAGCACUUUUGCAGUUGUUAGAGAUACGGGAUCGUGUAAAUAAACUCUCUCCACCUGGUCAACGUCGUCUAGACCUCUUCUCUUGCUUGCUCCGUCAUAGACUCAAACUGUCUACCAGUGAAGUGGUGAGGAUUCAAUCUGCUUUGCAGGCCUUUAAUGCCAAAUUGCCAAACACAGUGGAUUAUGACACAACCAAAUUAUGUAGUUAACCAUAAAUGUGAAGCACAACACAAAACCUUGAAGGAGUUUUUACAGUGCUUUUGUGGAACAGUUUAUGUUUGGAAGAGUAAAUUUGAAUUGUCUUUUCAGUAUCUGUCUUAUAUCAGUCAAUACUGUUGGAUGGCAAUUUACACACAUGAACUUGCUGACAAUGAAUAUAUUAUACCUGCAGCUUUGGUUUAUGAAUGAAAUAAAUACUGACACCAGUCUAGAAGACAUUCUACUUUUUACAAUAAAUUUCAUUUGUAAUUUUAUAUGUUCCGUGGCAAUGCUUUUGUGCAUUACAUCCUCUAGAGGGAACAUAGAAGGAUACCAAUAAAAUUUUGUAGCUGAACAGUUAU